AUGACCCGAGCUGGAAAAUGUGUUGACUCAGCCUCGUGCUGCGUCAUCAGAAAACCAGCUUCCCCCCCUGGAUAUGCCUUAAAUGAACCCACUGUUAGUGCAGCAGCCAUAUGCAACAAGAGGGGGGACACUCACACACAUGUCUGCUGCAUAGAGACCUACAUCUCUUUGGGCUGUUUUUAUGAGCAACAGCAGCAGGAAGAAGAAGAAGAAGAAGAGGUGGAGGUCAGCGAGCAGCAGCUGGCUGGUUGGAGCCUGAACUAA